UGGAGCGACCGGAGCCGCUCUGGGUGAACAGCAGCUGUGCCAACGGUUCCUUGUUGACCCUGACUUGCCUGUCUUGGCAGACAGUCUGCCAGGUCAUUGGGAAUGUCAGCCCAACAAUUUCACCUCACGAAAAUCUGACUUUGGAUGCUGACUGGAUGGUGCAGGUAGAAAACAAAUAUGGCUUCUAUGUUGGCUUGGGCCUGGCCAUCUUCUCCAGCUUUCUCAUUGGCAGCAGUGUCAUCCUCAAGAAGAAAGGGCUGCUACGGUUAGUGGAGAAAGGAGGCACCAGGGCAGGAGAUGGAGGUCAUGGAUACCUAAAAGACUGGCUGUGGUGGGCUGGUUUGCUCACCAUGGGUGGAGGAGAAGCUGCCAACUUUGCUGCGUAUGCCUUUGCACCUGCAACCAUUGUUACUCCUCUUGGAGCACUGAGUGUGCUCAUAAGUUCCAUUUUGUCUUCCUAUCUACUCGGAGAGAGGCUCAAUCUGUUGGGGAAACUAGGUUGCAUGCUGAGUAUUGUGGGCAGUACAGUGCUUGUGAUUCAUGCUCCCGAGGAAGAAGAAGUCACCAAUCUGAGUGAAAUGUUCUCUAAACUGAAAGAGCCAGGUUUCCUUGUUUAUGCUGGCAUUCUUUUGGUGGCCUGCCUGGUUCUGAUUUUCUUUGUGGCACCCCGUUAUGGCCAAACCAAUAUCCUAAUCUACCUCACCAUCUGUUCUGUGAUUGGGGCAUUCUCAGUAUCUUCAGUCAAAGGGCUGGGUAUUGCCAUCAAGGGUUUUUUUGCUCACCGGCCUGUUUUGCAAAACCCACUGACCUGGAUCCUUGUCCUUACUUUAGUGGCUUCUAUCACUACCCAAAUCAACUACCUCAAUAAAGCUCUGGACAUUUUCAACACCUCCUUGGUUUUCCCCAUCUACUAUGUGCUAUUUACCACCAUAGUCAUCACUACUUCAGUUAUUCUCUUUAAAGAAUGGGUCGCCAUGUCUGUGGCGGACAUUAUUGGGACAGUAUGUGGAUUCCUCACCAUUAUUUUAGGAGUGUUUUUACUUCAUGUCUUCAAAGAUGUGCAUCUCAGUUUGAGGACCCUACCAGAAGUACUUCAGAAUACUGACCAGGCCCAGGUAAUCAAAGAUGAUAAGAAUAUUCUGAUGGAGCUUGAUAAUUCUGGCACUCCAGUUGACAGCAAAUCCAAAGUAUUUAUGAUAUAUAGCUGAGACCCAAAAUAAUUAAUCCUCUUAACUUCAGAGACUUGGACCAGACUUCAAGACUUUGCAUUAAAUUAAGCUUGACCAUAUAUAUCUUCUG